AUGGUGGCCAUUAGGAUGGGAAAGCUGAUAACCAUGCCUGCAGGUCUGAUACAUGCUUCUUCUAUAAGUGUCCAUGUAGCUGAAGAAGGGGAAUCCAAAAGCAGCUCUAUACAGCAGGUCCUCAUAUACACUAUACCACCUCUCCAGGCUAAAUAUGUUGAAGAACAGCCUGGUCAUUUACAAACUGGCUUUGUGUUCCCCCACACUACAACUGUUCAUUAUACUGGCCUGAUAAAAGGUGUUUUUGUCUUUUGGAAAGAUGAGAUAAGGAAGCCAGCCAUGGGGGUGCACUCCCAGCACUUGGGGAAGCAGAUGCAGAAGGAAUAUGAGAUAAUGGAUACAGUACAAUUUGGAAAAGACACAUAUGUCUGUCUGAAGAAUCCUCCUCAAGAUUUUCUUCCCAAAAUGGGAGUGAUUACAGUUUCAGAAAUGAUGAGUUUGGUUUCAGUAAGAAAAGGUUCUGUGUUUAAGAAAAUUGCUUAUUCACUAGGACUGACCAUGUUAGCAACUGUUUGCUACCCACUUUAGUCAGAAAACUUACAAAAAAAAAAUCUAGGAAGCUCUGAUGAAAUAGAAAUACCUGUAAAAACAACUCAUGUCCUAAAACAUUCAGUGCCUUUGCCAACAGAACUCACCUCUGAAACAAACACCAAAUCAGAAUCCACCCCAGGUGCUACCCAGUUUAUGCCUGUUCCCAAGUUUAUGGAUCAUAGACAGUCUCAUCCCCAAGAUAUAGAUAUGUACAACACUAGAAGCUGA